UAACUGAACAGAAUACUUUCUUAAAGAGCUCUGCCACUUGCCUUCUGCAGUCAGAUGUCUGUAUUGUAAUAGAAUGGAACUUGAAGCAGGGAUCCUACACAUAUUUCUGCUGUUGUCUUUAUCUUGUCUCAACACCAGUGCUGCUCCUAUAUUAAAUAAAACAAUGAAUAUGAGCUACCAACUAGCUGUUGAAUUAAAUCGCUCUGCCCCUGCUUUACUACGUUUAUAUCUUUCUGCUCAAGGCUUUCCUUUCUCCAAUGAUAAUGCCGAUAUGCCUUUGUGCAGAGUUCAGGUGAAGUGCCUACCCAAAGGACAACUGGCCAAUGUGGAGAAAAAUGAAACACUUAGGAGAAUACACACUGGUGUAAAACAGUUUGAUUUGCACUUGAAAAAUGUUGAGGUCCAGCAGAUGUAUAUGAACUCUCUGAAGAAAGAAAUGCACGAUGAGCUUAAAAAUACUCGGACACAGCUAAUAUCACUGCAGUCAAACCUCCAGUUUAUUCUGAACAACAGAGGUUAUCACGUUCCAGAAGAGUUAGAAUGUUCUCCAGAACACAUUAACAUCCCUGAGAAUCUAUUUGACCAAAAGAAACAAGGAUGUACAAUACUGCGAGAGUUCAAACGGUAUAUGAAGCAAGUGUUAAAGAGCUUUCGUCACUUAUUGAGGAAUGCACAUGGGAAAGCAGCUGUCAACCCAUAGAUUGCGUGCAGUACAAUGUUUGGUUUACUCUGCACCUGAGUACAAUGCACCUUCUACAACUUCCACUCCAGACUUAUAAGGCACUCCUUAUGAAAAUAAAUUGUGGAACUGUAACGUUCAGAUACUAUAUGCAAUCGCCUUCUUGCAAGUGCAGCAACACACUCACCUGGGCCAACAUCUUUGCUGAAGUUCAUAAUAUGUUGUGUCUUAAAUCAGGUUUGAAGAAGAACAAGUUUUGUCUCACGAAUGUGUUGAACACAAGCUAUUUGACACAUUUCAAAUUAUAUUUUCAGGGAAAAAGAAACAAAACAUCCAAACCAAUUUUAAAAACAUUCAAACCAAAUUAAGAAGUGACCUGAACUGAGCUCUCAGUUUCCAAAGAUU